UUCUGUAACAUAACUGCAUUGCAGGUUGGCAGCAAAGUGAGAGAUAUGAAUGAAUCAACAAGAUCUGAUUUGGAAACAUUUAACAAUAUUAAUUUACCGAUAAAAACAAAAAAAAGAAAAUCAUAGAGACAAGUCUGCUCUUGUCCUGAAACACACGCCCACACACACACACACACACACACACACACACACACACACACACACACACACACACACAGAGAGGAGUUCAUAUGAUCAUAAUUAAGGCUCAGUGAGAGAGGGAGGAGGAACAUGUGGACAACUGUACAGCCCUACCACUCAGCCACAGCUCUGACCUAACACUGUCAGUAUCACUGGUUUCCGUCGCUGUUAUCGUUGCUCUGCCUUCUACUACUCCUAGUGUUGUAAUUAACACCGUGAAAGAGGUGUCACUGAAACCCAGAGGACUCCUUCUGCGUUUGGACACCUUCGUCUACUUUUACGCAUGGCAACCUGGCUGACGAUCCAGGAGUGAAAACAGGAUCGCAGUUCGCACGACGUAAAGUCAUCUUCAUAGAGUUGUUUGUUAUCUUAUUUGAGCUGUCUGCAGUUUUCAUUUACUGAAGCCAUGUUUUCCAAGGCCACUGCCAACUUCGUCCGUCAGAUUGACCCAGAGGGAAGCCUCAUCCACGUGUCACGAGUAAAUGACUCCCAAAAACUGGUUCCCAUGGCACUCGUCGUCAAGCGCAACCGCCUCUGGUUCUGGCAAAGGCCCAAGUACCACCCAACAGAUUUCACCCUCAGUGACUUGUUGCUGGGUGACAAAACGCUUAGUCCUGGAUUGUGUGAGACAGAAUUCCUGACCUACAAGGGGACGUUUGGUGACAAACUCUCCGGGAAGCUGAAAACCAAGGCCGGCUCUGUUAGUGUCGCGCUGGAGGGGCGGGGCACUACCAUGCUCCAAUCAUGUUUUGGCAAGCUGAAAAAAGAGGAACUGGAUGUGAUCAAGCUAUUACGUGACUCCAGAAGCAGGUUGGUGGACAUGCAGCACGUGCUGGUGCAGCAGCUGGAGAAGCGGGCUGAUGUGCUCGCAGUCGUGAAGGAGAGGAUUGUCACCACCAACUCCUGCUCCAUCACCCAGACGAAGAAGGAGCAGUGCAUCUUUCAGGGCGUGGUCGGGCUGCUGGACAUCCUGGGGAGCUCUGUUAAGGUGUGUGUGAAGGACACCAACAACAUUGAGAUGGACAGUGAUGUUUCUUUGGAGAUCCCCUCUGACACCGUCAUUGCCUACAGCAUCCUGGAACUAGAGAUUAAAAAGAAUGGACACUAUAAUAUAUGCCUACAACCUGGCACUAUAGGAGGUUUUGUGUCAGACACCUGGCCAUCCCAAGAUUCCUUGAAUGUGGUGGAUGGCAAAUGCAAUGGAGAGAAUGUUCCAACACUGCAAAAUGGAUCACAGGAGAUGGACUUGUCUCCACUGGCAGAGCUCAACCAGUCAACUAGAUGCGCCUUAUUCAAGAAGUUACAAGAGACAAUGAGGGACAGAACUGCUCUGUCAUACCUGCAGUGUGUGCUGGAGAAGUUGUGUGGUGAUGACACACUCGAUAUGGCCAACCAAGAUAUGGAUCGACUCAGCUCAGACAUUCAUAGCGAGUGCAGCCAGGCUGCCAGUCCUGCGCACCUGAAUGCAACUCACCUGUUGGUCAGUGCUAUGGAAGAGUUGCCUGAUGAAACACUGAGCCUUCUGAGUGAGAGCCGGGCUGAUUUUCUGGAAGCCUUCAACACACUGAUGUGCAGGUUAAAGGAGAGCAGCGGGACUCUCUCCAUCCAGCAUCUUCCCAUCCUGCUGCAGGACAACCAAGCUUUCCAGCUGGCAGAACAGCUGCUCAGCUCCACCAAUGUAACACUGAAGAGAAACGCUGACAGUCUGUGGACGGAGACAGGAGAUAAAGCAGAAGCUCUGCCUUUGAUCCUCUGCCUCAGCACACAUGGAUUGUCUUUGCUGUGCACUGGGCUGAAGUAGGAGGAGUUUCAGCAUGCACACUUGUUUUUCUUUUUUUUUUAUGGACUAUAUUCUGUCCAUUUCUUUCUUUAUUGUAAAGUUUGUUGAGUCGACGCUUACAGUAGUUAAUUUCCUAACAUCUUUAUAUUUUACUAUUAUUGUUUUUUUAAUAUUGCUUGAUAUUUGUUACAUUAUUAUACAGAGAAUAUUGUUAUAUUACUUUUCCUACAUAUAUUUUUGUUACUUAAAGCACACUUAGAGCAAAAAGCACUUCAUUUUUUGUAUAUUUAAAAAAAAUCGAUAUAUAUUUUAUGUAAUGACUUGCCAUACUGUAGUGCAGCUCUGUCUCACUGAGACACAUCAAUGAACCGUGUUUGGUACUUGAUCAGGCACUUUGGAUAAAUAUUUCCAAAACUUUAUUAUUGUUUAGUAUAAAUUCAGUUGUUUUUAUUUAUUCAGUUUUAGCUCACAUUCAAAUGAAUGUUGUUGAUUAGUAAAUUGAGAAAAACCCGUGAUUAAGCUGAAAACAGUUCUUAUUUCUUAAGAAAGAUUCAUACGUCAUAGAUUUUAUGUUUUUCACUUAACAGCAAAAUGUGAAAUUUGAUGCUUGCCAACGGUACACAAAAUCAACAUUUCUACAGUGUGCUGAAAAGUGUUGCUCACCUCUUCUUGCUAGGAUUUUGAUUUUGAAUGAAACUGCAUUUUAUUGCUGCUACUGCUUAUAAUCAGAUUUUUAUGAAACUAUCUGUAUUUAACAGAAACAUUAUCUAUUGAAUACCAAAAAUAUCAUAUUAUUUUAAAAUGGAGAACUUAUAUUUUUUAAUGAAGUCUAUGUGUGUUUAUACAUGAGCAAUAGUUUUAUGAAGCUAUCUUUUCAAUGGCAUGGGCCACUUUCCUAUUUGACAGUAAACAUGUAAUUUAUUGUAACUUGAAAAAAAGCUUCACUUUAUCCUAUAUGAAGGCAUACAAUAAUUAGUGUCAUACCUAAAUUGCAAAUAAAGUAGGCUAAAUAAAAAUAUUCAAGGAAAAUGUUUACUUUUGAAGUUAACUAUUGUGCUCUGUGGUGAAAACAACAGACAACUGAAACUCUUAUUAAAAAUCUUGUCUCAUUUUAAUAUUUUUAUUUUUAUUACUAAGAUCCCAAAGAAUAGUCUUUUAGUGCCUGCGAAAUUAUUAUCUAGUCUACAUGAAGUUGGAUAAAAAUGAGUGAAUAAUUAAUCAUGACAAGGUGUGUAAACCUUGAUGAAUGGUGUGAUGCUGCCCUGACUGGAUGGACCCCAAUGUAGUUAUUUUACAGCACUUCAGUGCAGUUAACACUUUGACUUUCCAGGAAGUUAACUUCUUUAUUCAAAAUACCAACCAUUUCUCUCAAGUUUUAGGUAUUCCGGACUCUUGUGCUCACUUCUGUACAAUUGUAUGUGUUUUAUGCUCAUACACAACAUGCCCACGGGUGUUUUCACUUAUGGCUGAUUACAGCUUUUGUCAGUAUAGUGAGUGUAUGUGUUCACAGACCAUGAAUCAUUUAAAUCUCUGAAGCUAUUUGCUGCACCUGUUCGGGCGGGACAACUUACAUCGCUGUCUGUUAUUAUUAGUUUGUUCAUGCAGGUGCCAGUUUAUUAGGUACACUUACUGAAAAAUACAAACCAUUUCUGAAUUUGAUAGAAAUGUUACCAAUUUGCAUCAGUAAAUUAUAUUGGCAAAUACAUUGUUACAACAUAUCUUGUUGUUUAAAGAUCUUAAAUAGUAUAUAUCAGUGUCACAUGACGCAUACAGUAUUUCUAAAAGUUUGUGUUUAAUCAAAUUACAAUAAACGUAAGACACAGGAAACCUGGGUUCUGAUCUAAUGUCUGAGCAUGUAAUGGAGCUGUUAUAUUUCAAGGGAACUUAGAGGUGACGGGGUAUCGAUGUAUGGUGUGUGGCAUGGGGAAAAAGUGGCCGACACAUUGAUGGAUGACCAAAUGGGCCUAUUGGGCACAGGACCCGGGUCCUGACAGGUCAGGGGGCCCCUGGCAAGAUCCUCUGUAUGAAAUAGCAGUUAAUAUUUCUUGAUCAAAAGUCAUAGAGCUCAGUUAAAAUACAUAACAUGACCACAAAUGACCACAAAAAGGACAUAAAAUAACCAAAAAGCGUAUGC